ACGGCCACACCUCUUCGAACACUCAUAAUCACUUUGGUCGGCCGCUUUCUUCCUUUCUCCUUCCUCAGAUAUAUAAACAUUUCUUUUCUCUCCUAAGUUCAACAUCGAAACAUAUCAUAAAAAGAAUGUUGCAGUACCAAGAACUCGCUCUUCAAAGAAGCUUCAGCUGCAACACAAGAAAGAUCAAUCCAGAGACCUCUCCGGCGCGUAGCUUCCACUCCCGUUCUCCUUCCUCCUCCUCCUUGAUCCCAACCAUCCCUGAGCAUGACCUCUUCCUCGUACCUUGUCAUAGAUGCUCCACCUCCUCAUCCUCCACGACUUCUUCUUCCUCUAAAAUUGUCGUGAAAGUCAACUUGAAGCUUUCUUCCUUCUUACGUUCUCUCAUCAACCUCGUUAACCUACCCGUUUGCAACUUCAUCUCUCUUCCUUCUCCGCCGUCUUCUUCUAACCAACUCAUCUCACUCGUCACCGGUAGAUCAUCCUCUUCCCUCGGGAGAAGGGUCACCGGGACGUUGUACGGACACAGAAGAGGCCACGUCACGUUUUCAGUCCAGUACGGUCCGAGAACCGACCCGGUGUUGCUCUUAGACCUAGCCAUGUCAACCGCAUCUCUAGUCAAGGAGAUGUCGUCGGGGCUCGUAAGGAUCGCGCUGGAGUGCGAGAAACGUCACCGUUCGGGGACUAAGCUAUUCCACGAACCCAAGUGGACUAUGUAUUGCAACGGGAGGAAGUGCGGUGCCGCGGUGUCGCGUGGCGGAGCGUGUAAUGACUCGGACUGGCGCGUGUUGAACACGGUGUCGAGUGUCACGGUUGGAGCGGGAGUUAUACCAACGGUGAAGAGUAUUGAUGACGUGGCCGGUGGUGGAACGGAGCUUGGGGAGCUGUUGUAUAUGAGAGGUAGGUUUGAACGAGUCGUGGGGAGCCGUGACUCGGAGGCGUUUUACAUGAUGAACCCUGACAAAAACGGAGGUCCUGAACUCAGUAUUUUUCUUCUUAGAAUAUGAAGAAAAAAUGUUUUUCAUUUGACUUUUUAAAAUAUUUGAAAAUGUCUUAAUUAAGGUGUUAUUAUAUAGUGAAUGAUUACAAUGUUGUGUCAUGAAAUAUAUGUAAACGAUAGUGAGAAGGCCGAUGAGGUAUGCUAGGUUCUUUUUCUAAUGUCUUGCUUAUGAGAUGUGGUGUUUUUUACAACAAUUUUUA